AUGGGUACUAGGGGUCUCUAUAGCUAUAGAUACCGUGGCAUAUACUAUACUUACUACAAUCGGCUUGACUCAUAUCCGACUGUCUUGGGCACCGAGCUUGCAGAGAAGGUCCCAAAUGAUCGCGACUCGUAUCUAAAAUGGCUCGAGAACAUGAGGUCCAAGUAUGAGGACAUGUCCAGGAUAGUUGAGAAGUUCAGAGCCAUACCUAACGAUAGUCGUGAGCGCCGGAAACGUCGGCGCCUAGACAACAUUACCAUCGACGCGGAGGCAAAGUUGUAUGAAAUACCUUCUGAUUUGAAGCCCGACUUGGAUAUAUGCAUAGAAUGGACCUACGAAUUCGACUUGGACUACGAGCGCUUUGUCGUCCAAGGAUAUGGCUCGCAUGACCCUGUGGCUUUUGACCUGUUUGAUAUACAGACCAAGUGGUCCCAGGUUGCUGAAGAGCUGGAAAUGACUUUAGGCAACGACCGAAAAUUGCCUGAGCAUCUCCGAGAUCUACUACACAAGGCCCCGGAGUCGGAGUCUUCACUUGAAGAAUGUAGCGCCAGUAAUAUCAUGCAGAUGAAGAGCCCACAGGAGAAUCCAUUCCGUCUUCAGCUUAAAUUAGUAGUGCCCAAGACGGCUUCCGCAUUGCUGCACAAGCCGGUAUUUGCUUGGGCUUCGCGUUUGUUCAAUAUUCUCAUCGACAAGCAUCACUCAUUGGUCCCAGUCCCCGCCAGACGUCCAAUCCCCAUCAGUCCUCCAGAGGCAUGUAUCGGAGACGGCGUGAACUAUCAUGAGCUCAUGUUCCUCCUCCUGACGACGGCUACGCACUCUCCGGCCUUGUUACGAGUUGUUCGUGAUGUUGAAGUCUCAUACAAACGACAUGGGCCAUACAUGACGAUCAAACCCCUGACUGCAGAGUCGAGGGCUCGAGAGUUUGCCACGGAAGCCCUGUCAGGAUUCUACCUCGAAGGCCAACAGCCUGGCAAUAUUUCAAAAUCACACUACUGGCUUGAGGGUGUACUCGUCAUCUUUAGUGACGACCUCUGUGCCGAUGGAGAGCUUACUUCAGCGAUGGAAGAGAUUUUUGUCAGAGGACUGGGGAAAGCAAAAACUAUUUUCUACGGCUUAGCGUAUGACGCCUUCAGUCACAUUGCUUUCGCCAAAAUCAACGGAAAGUUGAUCGAACAUUCGAACGUCAUGGUAUUUGCUGAUUUGAUCAAAUGCGAUGAGUCUACCAUCAGUCUGGAGUGGCGCGGGCUACCGGUCACUGCGUCAAGAGCAUUCGCAAUGCUGGCUCUUGUCUUCGAGGAAGCCCAGCUACUCACACUCAAGCCGCGAGUAGGCAAUAGCGGGGUCUUUCCUAACGAGAUUUAUCAACUGAUCUUGAGCCACGUCCAUGAUCCAAAGACGCAUGAAGCCUGUUUGCGUGUCUCGCGUGCUUUCCGAGAUCUCGCCUCCCGUCAUCUCCCACUCACCGAUGACGUCGAACUGCGGAAGCUACCUGGUCCAAAGCUGGGAUUCUUUCAUUCUGCCGACCAGCGCUUUAUGGGAGAGGAUGUCGUGUCCGGAGAAUAUUUCACGUAUGGGGAGGAGGGCUAUGACCCUGAAAAACGUAGACGCCGUAAGCUUCCUUCGUACCUAACAUUCAUUGGACGAUCCAAUGAUCGGUUAAACUAUCUAGCUGGCGGCGGAUUCAAUGUUGAUAUAUCACGGCCAGUUGAUCCCAAAGAACCUGAAGACAUGUAGCGAAGUUGGGAAGUCAUGGGUGCAUUGACCAAUGGCUAGUUUCAAUAAAAGGUUCAAAGAGGAAGCGAUGAGUGGUUAACAUGGCAGGUUAUGAACCCAUCAGGCAUAUGGCGUACAAGCGGACGGCAAAUAUGAGAAGUCCACAAAACUAUCUGAA